AUGUCAGCUGUCAAAAGUUUCACAACGAGGUUAUGUAUCUGUCAAUUUCAAUUGCACCUCAAAACCUUAAUAAUUUUAAAAAAUGGUAAUGCACAGAGCAAUAGUAACGUGGUUUAUCCUCCUAGUUUUCUUUAUACUGCUUUGUUUGCAACUUGAAACUCGAAUACAUUGGAAUUGGUUUUUAAUUUUCCUACCGUUAUGGGUCUAUGAUGUUAUCCUGUUAAUUGACGCAUUAUUCAAUAUAAUCAUACACUGCAAAGAUGAUAUGUUGUGGAGCAUCAUCAAAAACAAGAACAACUUAUUGGUAAUGGUUAUUUUAUUAAAAAUUGCCGCUCAAGUUAUGAUUUGUCUCAAAUUGGAGUACAAUAAAACCUUGGAAUUAGAACUUUAUCAAGUUUUGGCCCCUUUAUGGGUUUUACUACCCAUUUUAAUAGUUGAUGUGACGAUUAAGUUAUUUAAAGUGUCGAAUGGAGAUUGGACUAGUAGAUUGUGUUAAAUUUAUUAAAAAUAAGUGUAUUAUAAUUUAAUGUAGCAAGUUAACCUAACCACCUUCAUUGUUAUUUAUAUUUAUAUUAAGAAUAAAAAUAAAAUUAAAACCCUU